CCGUAGCAAGUGAUAAUUAAUUAUUGCUGUGUUGAUGUAUAUUUUUCAACGAUUUUUCUUGAAACCGAUCGAUCUUAAACAACAGAGAGGCCGAAACCUGAAGGGGACUUUUUUUUUACAUAGUUGUGUGGCAACCUAGCUAGAGUGACAGAAUGACACCUGUGAGUGUGUUUUGUGUGCUGGCAUUCCUGCUCGCCUGCCAGGUUCCCCAAAGCCAGAGUUGCUUCCCUGUAGAUAUGUUCGAGCACAGCUUUCGAUGGCUGCAGUCCAUCACAUUGCACAAGCGUCUAUAUGUCUACAUUGAUCAAGAGGAACCGAGGCAUAUCCGGAUGGAGAGUGAGGGAGAGCAAAAACAGAGGAAGAUCAAUUUAAAAUGCCUACAUGCGUAUAGUGACCAGCGCUACAUGGUUCGUGUGGAGGAGGUAUACCAGCCAAUCUACUACCAUUGUAUAAAGUUCCAACAACUGUCCAAGUAUGUCAUCAGAAUAUCAAAGACCAAAGCACGAGUCAGUAAGAAAAAGGUUAACUGUGAAACUGAGAUGUAUAUGGAAGACGAGGCGGUCAUCUUUGCCUACGAGGUUCCUCCCCAGCCAUGUCCACUCUCUGGUGGCUAUCAGUUAGUGAUGCACCAGGGCAGGGCUAUUGAUGGAGCCUGCUUGGACACUGUCCAGGGGUAUAACCCAAGGGUGCAGUUUGAGUGUGACAUAUCCAGAGGGGGUAACGUUAUGGUGGAGUUUGGACGUUUCUGUGAACCAAGUAUUCUCACCCGCUCGCAGAAGAUGCGCGGGCGGCACAUCACGAAGCUGCGCUGUCUGGGCUCGUGGGAGGAGUCUGGCUACAGCUCCGUGCUGCUUCAGAUGGAGAACUCGGAAGUCAAUGUCUGGUGUCUGCACUACAGGCAACAGCGACACUCGAGAUCUACCGUUACUUCAGACGGAGAGGAGUUUCUGUCAGCGUUCUUGACACUAGAUGGGCGGUGUUCGGGUGAAGCGUUUGUCAAUGAGGAUAUGCCCCGGAACUCGAGUAUGUUUGGCUCUCUGGCUAGUUAUAGGCCGGGAAGUGACCUAAAAUGUACCGAAGAGGGUUAUCUUCAGAACUGUAAGCUGAGAGAAGAUAGAUGUUUUGAGUCGUCCGAGUGUCCAGACAAUUGCCACAGGUGUAUCAAGCCUGUGGAGAAACGAGCUUGUGAGUUUGAUGAAAACACGCGGGGACAGUGGGAACUUGUGUACUCUUUCGAUAAUCUAACAGUCUCCAUUGGUCAAAACUCUCUCAAGGGUUCAGCUUUUGGAGAUUUUGAGUGUCGGGGUCCUGCAGAAAGCAGUCUUCCUGGCAACGUGUUCCCGGUAGUUCAGAGAGGUACCAGUGCUACGUGUAUGCCGUACUACGCGUGUGCUCAAGUAUUGCACCUAGCACCAGGCAUGCUGGCCUUUAACCUGAGAGCAGUCGUCCGAGAUGCGUACACUGGUGCUCCACACUCCUGUGUGGAGACGCACAAUGCUGUAGGUCAUAUUGUCCCAAUCAAACUCCAGCGUACACUAACUCUUCUAGACAGAAAACGGCUGCAAGAGGUUCCGUGUCAAGUACAGGCCCGCACAUUUCCCACCAUGGUUGGGGAGUGCAGAAUUGCAGUAGAUCAGUGCGAUGGUGACUGUCAGACAUUGACAGUGGACUAUGAUGAAAAAACAUGUAACUACUCGGGCAGCAAUCCAUUUAAUAUAGAACAUGAACAUAAGUGCUAUGCUCACAUUUUCUUCCGAGAUGGAAUAGAAGGAAUUCUAGCAAAAACUGCAGACAGCGACAAGUUUUUAUGCUGGGUUUUUAGUCCUACUCGACUCUUUAUUACAAUAGCUGAAAAAUGCAAUCAAGAGGGAGUAACUGCUAUAUAUAAUGACCGCGACGCUGCUGUGAGUUAUGACCCCUUGAAUGCUAUCUCCCGGCCAGUGUCUGGCUCUUCCACAGACUAUAAUAAUGGUAGCCAGUUAUCUGUUUCUUUUCUGAGUCAAAUUAUCAAGUCUUUGUGGUCUCUCUUCUGGGUUUUUUGGUUUUUCGUUUAGCGUUUUCCUAUUCUUUUUCUGUAUCAUGUGGAAAAUUUGCUCUAUUAAUUGCACAGAAAUCAUGAUUUUAUGCAACCAAAGAAGAUGUAGUAAUAUCAGAACAUUUGUCUCACAAUACAAGUAAUCAUUUACCGUCCGCCUCUUACAAAACCUUAAAGUGUUGAGAGGGGAGUUAAAUCUAUACAAUUUUGCAAUUUUAGCUUUAACUGUAGACAGUCUCUUACAACAAUUUUCAGUUUUUGUUCUUCAUGGAAUUGUCAUCCCAAUCAGUGGCUUUAAAUGUUAUACUAGUCUGUUAAGACACUUCGGAAUUAUUUUCACUUUGCUGUGGUUACACUUCCAUUUGUCAAGCAGCAUGGCUUCAAGUCUUACCGGUGCUUGAUUAAAAUCUGCCUUUAAAAUCAUCGGUGAGGACGGGGUUCAUAUACCCUUGUUGGCUAAAAACGAUUUUUUUGUUUUGUUUUUCAUUUUCUCAGUAAUUGUUUCAUAUAGUUAAUUAAUGAUGCUAUUCAUACAGGAGGAAGUAUAGAUCUGAAUUGGAGUCUUGUUUAAGAGAGAGUCAUGUGUAAACAGCAGUAAUUAUUACACGUCAUGAUUUGUGGUAAAUCGUUAUCAUAGUUGUUGUUACCCAUCCUUUGAAGUUAUCUUUGCUCUGAGGGUUUUUCAAGUUUUCUCAUUUUAGUACGCUUGAGCAGAACUUUGAUGUGAUAGAUUUCUUACCUCCCAUGAUGUGGUGAGGGAAGGGUAAGGAGGGAUAAAUUCCUGAAGUUUACCAAUUCCAACAUCUCUUCCUGAUUGACUGAGUUUCCCAAAGUUUGAUAAACAAUCAUUGAUGGCGAAUCUGUACAAACUGGAAACCCUUCAAAGUGUUCAGAUUAAUGCAAUUAUCAUUGCUUUAAGAAUAUGUGUGUGUGCCUAAAGAAAGGUACGAAAAGUCGGAUUUUGACCAUUUUGAGUUAAGGGUUGUACCUUAUAGGAAAUGCAAUGCUGAACACAAGGGUCUUUGAAUUUUUUAGAUAUCUUAAGUAGUUUUUGAGAUAUUGCAAAUUUUGCGAGCUAGGGUAUAAAGAUAGAAUUUUGAGAAAAUGAGCUUUUUAUGUUAAACAAACGUGAGAACACAUACAAACUUUUUAAAAGCGAUUUUUAAAAUGUAUUUACUCAAAGAAAAUUCAAGUCCAAUUUGGCAUUCAGGUCACAUCACUAUCAUAAAUGGAAUUCAAUGGUAAAACAUAAUAGGGAAGAGAAAACGUGCUUCAAGAAUAGAUUGUAACACUUUUUAAAGCAGUUUCCAUUAUUUGUGUUUAUUAUACCCUACCCUCAAAAUAAUUCAUA